GGGUGCUGCCUGCCUGCCUGCCUGGCUCUUUCUUAUAUGUGGCUUUUUACGCGUAGAAGCGCGCGCUCCCUGGCAGACUGCACGUCUCCUUGAUCCCCCCCCCUAACAACGGCUGACGUCAUCACGCGCACACGGCACAACAACUGCUUGCCAGUGCGCGUUCGUAGACUUUUUGUCUGGUGAAGAGAAGCUGCUGAUUCUUCAGAGACCUCGCGGACACCGGGGUAGCAGCAGCAGCAGCAGCUGAAACCGUGAUCCAGAAAGUAGAAAAAAAGAGGAUUUAAAACUAGCUGACUGUACCCUUACGGACGUCUGCCUCGUCCUGCCGUGACAAAGACUUUUUUUUUUUUAAACGAGGCGAUAGGAAAAUUCUACCCGGGACCAUAAUCGUCGCCUAUUCAUUCAUAACAGAAGUACUAUGGACGACCAGCUGCUGUGCUGCGAAGUGGACUCCAUCAGGAGAGCCUACCAGGAUGUCAACCUGCUCAACGACCGAGUUCUACACACAAUGCUCAAGGCAGAGGAAAUCUACCUACCUUCGCCAAACUACUUCAAGUGUGUUCAGAAAGAAAUUGUACCAAAUAUGAGGAAAAUAGUUGCCACCUGGAUGUUGGAGGUCUGCGAGGAACAGAAAUGUGAGGAAGAGGUUUUUCCACUGGCUAUGAACUAUUUGGACAGAUUUUUAUCAGUGGAGGCCACCAGGAAAGCAAGACUACAGCUGCUCGGAGCUACAUGCAUGUUUCUAGCAUCUAAGAUGAAGGAAACUGUACCCCUAACGGCAGAGAAACUCUGCAUCUACACGGACAACUCGGUCCAGCCGGAAGAACUGCUGCAAAUGGAGUUACUGGUUCUCAACAAGCUAAAGUGGGAUCUGGCUUCAGUCACUCCUCAUGACUUCAUUGACCACUUCCUUUCCAAGCUGAGGAUCUACCCAUCCACAAAGCACAUCCUAAGGAAACACGCUCAGACCUUUGUGGCCCUCUGCGCAACAGAUGUCAACUUUAUUGCCAGUCCUCCGUCCAUGGUGGCGGCAGGCAGUGUCGUAGCAGCCGUUCAAGGCCUCUACCUGAAGAGCCACGACGCCUCCUUGUCCUCCCAGAACCUCACCAACUUCUUGUCGCAGGUCAUCCGCAGUGACCCGGACUGCUUGCGGUCAUGUCAGGAGCAGAUAGAGUCCCUGCUGGAGUACAGCCUGCGACAGGCUCAGAAACACAGCAGCACAUCAGAAAUCAAACGUGUAGAAGAGGACGUGGACCUGUCCUACACCCCGACAGAUGUGAGAGACAUCAACAUCUGAGAUGAUAGAUCGAAAGACAGAUAGAUAGAUACAUAGAUACAUGAUAGAUAGGUAGAUACAUAGAUAGAUAGAUAGAUACUUUAUUGAUCCAGAGGGAGAUUCACCCACUGACAUGAUGACUUGGGUAAAGUCGUCAUCAGAGGGUGGUGAUCGGGGAACAGGUGCCUCAUCUGAACUCAGCCUCUCCUCCUCAUCCUUCUCCUUCUUGCUCAUGGCCUGCUAUCAUGGCUGACGUGUUGCUCGCAUGUCAGCUGUCCACUGUGGUUGCACGAUAAGAUUUCAUUCCACGCGCCACGCAACAUGUCGCAUUCCUGGGAUGGGAAACGAACUCUACAGUAAACACUGAAGAUCAGUCACCUGCAUGGGCUGGAGUUGAAGCAGAUGCAUUUUUUUCUGAUUCCCUCGCAUAAUAAACUAUCUUGGCCAACUUGCCCAUUAAAACAUCCCAAAGUGUUGUCUACAGCAAGUCCUCACUGUCUGUGUUCGGGGCCCUCAACCGAAACCUGACAUUUAUUAAAGCAAAUAGGCUGUUUUUGUUUUAUAUUCUUUUCAGUUAUGUUUUGAAUGAUUUAGAUGUCUUUAGUCUUGUGACUUAGUGCAGACAGUUUUAAUAUAUCAAUGCUUGCUCAACACUUUUCAUAUAAUUUUAGACAUCUUUAUCAUGAAAUCCACAACUUUUCCUGCAAGCCUUUUUGUUUUUAAAGCGAUUGUAGUAUGUGAUGCUUUGUUUUUAUCAGCCCAGAGACUGAGCUGCUGGUGUGAAGGUUUGGAUAAAUGUUCAUUCCUUGACCACAGUUGCUUAAUCCGUUUCAUGUUGCUCAUAAGAUCAAAUCAGUGCACAUGCAAGCAGAGAAAUUCACAGUCGGCUUUCUUUUUCUGUCCAGCUAGACCUAAUACUAUUCAAAAUACUUUUUUUUUCUAAAGCACCUUUGGUUGGUGAUGCUGGCUCAACUAAAAAUCACAGUAACACAGUCUGUAAAAGAACAUGAAUGGGAUAGUGGUAUGAGCUGGACCCUUGAGGGUGGAGUCUCAGCAGGGCAACUGUAUUCAGAAAUGUUUAGUGUAGUUACCACUCAGCAUGGAGGGCCACAAUCUGAAUGUCCAGAGGUAAAAAAUAAGAAUGAGUAUUAUUUUUAUAGUUAAAAUAAUGCUUUAUUUUUUAUACAGAAAACAUAUUUAUUUUUGUUGCUUGCAACUGACCGUGGCUCUACCAACUGCCGUUUCACCCAAAGCAGUGAGCUUAUUUCUGACAUCAGAAUGGCCAUGCAUUCCAGGAACAUGGUAAAAUGACACGUGCAUCUAAAAUCCCCCAGGACAGAAUCUCCUUCGUUGCACCACCUCAGUUUAAAUGGGGCUCAUGGAUUAUGGGAAGAUGGAAGAAGAGUUGAAGCUAAAAAAAAAAAAAAAAAAACAAACAAAAAAGAGGCGUAAUAAGACUAUUUUGCACAAGCCUAAAAGACAUGGGCUGAGCUUCUUGGGACUUGCCUAAAAAUGUGGAGAGCUAAAUUGGCAACAUUACCAAGAAAAGUGAAAAAGUAGCUAUUGGUUAAAAAGGGUUUAGGCUCACAAGUGUCUUUUUUUUUUUAUCUGUGGAGUUCAAUCCAGGACGUUUUCACGGCCACCUACACGUAUACUUCAUAUGUGAGGAUGGACAGUUUGUCGUGAGCAAGAGGGCUCUCUUGAAAUGAAAGUGUGGAAAACACUCUGAACUCUGUGAGUAUGUCACACUCUGUUGGAACCAUUUAAAUUACAUUUUGGAUUGUAUGUUAAGAAUAGAGAGUAGGAGAGAAACACUCCCAUGUAUUCUGCUGCUAUAGAAAAUAAAUCCCAGCUACGUGUUUCAAAAUGAUGACAAAAACUCAUAAUAGAUUGUUUUUCUCUUGUUGUUUGCUGCUACAUUUUGGUGUUUUGUUUCUUUUCUUUUUUUCUUUUUUUUACAUAUAAAUGUCAUUAUAUUGCCAGUUUGAAUUUUCUCAUAGAAAAUUGUGUUUUUGACAUCAUCAUUUUGUUUUUGUUUUGUUGUGUAGAUUCUAUAUGUUGAGUUUUGUUUUGUUUAUAAUUACGUAAUAUGACUUUCCAUGCUCUUCCAAAAACAAGGGAUAAUGAAACAAUGUACAGAAAUGCUUUCAUCCACGAUACCUCAUGUGACAGUCAAGAUCUAUCUCUAAUUUGUAGGCAUUUUAUGUGUUGUGUUCUGUUUUGAUUGUUGGUUGAGUGCCUACUAGCUCUGUUAAACCUGCUUGAGGUGAAACUCCAGAAAUGGAAACCAGACAGUCCAGGGCAUGCUUCGAAUACCGGUGCCACAUCAGAAAAUGGCAUAUGUAUAACUCUGUUGAGUGUUAAGCUGUCUCGAUGAAAGAGACUUUUAUCCUCUCUUUAGGCCCAUAGCGGCCUACCUUCCUUACCCCUUUUUAUAUUUAUAAAAGAGAGAAAAAAAAACUCUUUGCUCCACUUUUCAAACUGUCAGUGAGCUGAUUUGAGUUUGUAAAUAGAUUCAGUGUCAUGCUUGAUAAAGCCAUAGACUGUUUUUGUUCUGCUUUCACAAGUAAUUCAACACACUUUUGUCUACUUCAUCCCAGUUGUGUGCAUCUGAGGCAAAAAUGUGCUCAUCUUUGUGUCGUCAACACAAUUAAAACGUAAAUUAGAUGGAGUUUUGGAAAUCUAGCCGUCUGCUUUUGUCCAGAGGAGAUGAUUGUGCUAUAUGCAAACAUUUCACUUGAGAGUCUACAUCCUCCUUAGAUGAUGUUAACAUACGAUAGGGAGGGCGGUCAUUUGGUGUAAAAAGCACUACUAAUCUUGAUACCUAUUUUUGUUACAUUAUGCUGGUGUAGAGUUUACAGAAUGAAUGUUUAGCUGGAGAAUCUACCACACAUGAAUUCUUACUAUAACAACAUAGGCUGCUUUAAUUACACACAUGCCUACAAAAAAUGUGACCUUAAAAACAGGUGUUUGAAUUUUUUCAGUCAGGUUUUAGAGUUCAUCAUAGUACAGAAACAGCACUGGUUAAAGUUACUAACAAUCUCCUCAUUACUUCAGACGACUAAUUUUUUUUGUCUUUUCUGUACUUGUCCUGUUACAUCUCAGUGCUGCAUUUGACACUACUGAGAGUUGAAAGUGCGACCAGGAUUUAAAAGGAACUGUAGUGUUUGCUCUGGGGGUUUCAGGCUCUGGGUUCUAUGAAGCGUCUGGAAACAAUUUGGAUUGUUGUUGAUGCUAUAUAAAUAAAUACAACUGAAAUGAAA